AUGGUGGGGGCGAACCUGAAGGCGGAGACGAUCUCUCUGAUGGACCAGAGGGCCUCGAUUGAAGCGCAGAUGAAUGCGAUCAUCGACCGCCUCUCCCAACCCGGUGGCCCGGGAAUCACCGGCAAUCUUCUUGAUCCCGAGGUAGGAGUUGCUCUUCCUCCCGAUUGUUCUUCUUCUUCUAGGGGAUAAUCUUCGAGAUGCUGGAUUCACUUGCUGCUGGUCGCGAUGCGUGCAGGGAUUUCCGCGGCCAGAUAUCGAUAUUCCUGCCAUCCGGUCGGACCGUCGUCGGCUUGCUGGUGAGGGAGUCGAUCUGAAAUAUGUUCAUCUCAUCCUUUGGGUGUUUCUGUAGCUCUAUAAACUAUUAUUGAGCUGUCUCUUUGCUCGUAUCUCAUUCAUCAGUAUGUUGUCUCUUUGCCUGUCGCUUUUUUGGUUUUACGAUAAUUUUUUGGAGUUCUUGUGGCGUGGCUUCGGUAUUCUCGAAGUAUGUGAGAUAUAUUCCUCAUAAAAAAAAAAUUCAGUAGACUCGGUUGGUCUGUCAGGUCAUGCUGCCAAGUAUUUCCUACAGAUUCGCGCAUGAUAACAUUUUCUGAGUCAGUAGUUUGCCUGGUUGCUUAUCAUGCAUACUCUUGUCGAUCUCUUUGCGAUUGUAUCAAUUGAUUCUCUCUGGAUCAGAAACCAGGAAUUUACUUAGGUCCAACAGUCGUGUUCCUCCUGAAGCAAUUAACUUUCUACAUGCAGUAUAUUUCCUCUUGAAAAUACCAAGCUGAGCAUUAAGCUAAUGUGACGCUUGAGUCUCUUGGCGAUAUGUUUCUAUCUACUUGCGCUUUUCAACCUUUUCAAAAUGACGAAGUAAACUUCAAGCUGAUAGGAUGAUUGCCAAUGAAUUAUAAUUUCCUGCCAGAAUGGUAGUUGUUACUAAUUAAUAGUUCACGGGGUUCUCAGUUAAUAUUUUCUCUUAUCUCAAUUGUUCAGAACUUCGCAGUGACCACAAAAACCUGACAAACAGAAUAGAUCAGAACUUACAAGUAUUGCAUUCUGGAAAACUGAGUCAGAACACGUCAAGUCAUACAAGAGAUUCAGGUAUGGACAAAUCAAUAUCUAGCAUCGUUAAUAGCUGUCUGUCUUAUCCGUUUCCGUUUGUGUACCAUCUUCUGAUUCUUUAUGUAAAUGCUGUUAUGACUGGUCGUUAAUAUUUUCUUGUCAGAGUAUAUGCUUCACAUUUAAUUGUUAAUUAGUAUACUGUUCUUGAAUCAUCUUAAAUUAUUUUAUGGAUUUAUUAGGAUAAACUGUCUUCAGAGUCAUGUGACUAGCAUAUGCUUGACCUCAUUUGUCUCACAACCUCAAUGAUAUAUAGGUUUCCUUGCUCCAAAAAUGUAACCAGUCUGUUGAUUAUAAGCACUGCUUCAGAUGCUUGGCAUAUUUGCGUAUUAGUGGUAUCUCUCGAAUUAAGCCGAUUACUGUGUGAAUAUUACAUAAAAGGGAAGCCUAGAGUUUGAGCAGCUUGAGUAAUCCGCGCGUCUCCCUAUAUAUAUGUGAAUGGACCACUGAAAGGACAGAGGCAUCAGGGAUAGGAUAAGGUUGUCUACUUCAGGACUUGACUCCUACGGAGGGAAACUGAGUGUGGCAUGGAAAGUCGCAGCAUAUUGGCCACCUUAACUGACAAUAGUCUCAGCUAAUUGAGCAACUAGUCAUCGAUCAAGAAUCAACCUUCAAACCUCAUUCACAGUAAAAUAUGAGAGAGAGUGAGAACUUAAGAGAGGGAGAGGGAGAGAGAGAGAGAAGGUGCUUCUUUUAGGGAAGUCAAUGGGACUCAAGACCUUUAUCUGGGCUUAUACCGAGUGAAUAGAGAAGGGGAACAACUCUAAAUUCAUUAACGGAUUCAAUUCUUAAAAAAGAAAAUCAUCACGGACCAUUUGAGUAACAGAAAAGAAAACCCUUAUGAAAAUUGAAUAUCUUCAUCCAAUAGAUAUACGACAGAUAGUGGACAUUCUACAGAAGCAUUUCACAGUUAGUUUCUUUGAACUGGGGUUUAUUCUUUUUUUAAGUAGGUACGCAACUGAACCAGAAAUUUCCUUACCUCUCCAAUUUCUAACGGAUCAAGAUAAUCCACUUGCUCCAGUAUAAAUAGUACCUAUCUGUUCUUCCACCCCAAGAGGGGCAGAUUGGAAAUCUUCCCCCGCCCUUCCCACAAAUGGAGAAUAGAUUCACAGGAAACCGGAAAGGUGAGGAGAAAAUAGCCCAAAAGAAAUGAAAUAGCAACGAAGUGGGAGAUUCAAACAGAGUAAUCUUAGUGGCCCAUAAGGCCCAAACGCAUUUUAUUUUCGUUGCCUAGGUAAUUAUUUAGGAAAUAUUAUCUGUAAGUAAAAAAAAAAUUUAAUCAGAUCAUAUUACAGAUGAAGACCGGUUUUCUGAACCCAGGAAAAUAUUUUCAGUUUUUCUCUUUGCUUUCGGAUUCAACGGACUUUUGGUCCUUGUGAUAUCCGAAUCUGAAUAAAAACCCAAUAACCAUACAUCUCGUCAUCUAUCAUUCUCGAUCGUCACCCAAAUAAUUUCCUCAAUUUGCUUUCAUAGUUAUGAAAUUACCAUGCAAAAUCUGAAGAAUGCUACUUCUUUUCACCACAUACGUUGUGUUGUGAUAUAGAAAUGCUCUUUCACGUACGAUAAUCAUGGAUCCGCCAUUGCCCGUACAGACGCCAUGGCCCGAGCUUCCUCCCGUCCCGACGGAUCGACUCAAGCUUCGGGAGCCACGAUGGACGAGGAUUCCUUCCUGGGCGUCCCUUUCGCCACGAUAGACGAGAUAAUCGAGGACUCCCCGGCUGCACAAGAUGGGUUGCGGAUGGGCGAUCUGGUGGUCAAGUUCGGGGACGUGGUGAUGGGUGACGAGCUUCUUCCGAGGCUUGCUUCCGAGGCACAAUCGAACCAGGGGAAUCCGGUGCCGGUGGGUAUCAUGCGCCAGGGCUCGCCAAUGACGUUGACUGUGACACCCAGACAGUGGCACGGCCGCGGCCUCCUCGGGUACGUUACCCUUCCUCUUCCUUUUCUCUUUCAUUCAUUCAUUUAUUCAUUCAUUUAUUCAUUCAUUUAUUCAUUUAUUCGUUGGUUUUCCUUUCUCUUUGCUGCCGUUAGCUUCUUUGUUCUUCUGAUGGAUGGGUAGCAUUCCUGGGGGGGUUGACUAUUGACAAAGUUUCUUUUUUCUUUACUGCUGCCGUAAGCUUCUUCCUUCUUCUGAUGGAUAGGUGGCGUUCCUGGGGGGGUUGACUAUUAACAAAGUCUCUUUUUUCUUUUCUGCCCUAAGCUUCUUCCCUCUUCUGAUGGAUGGGUAGCAUUCCUGGGGGGGGGUUGACUAUUAACAAAGUCUCUUUUUUCUUGCCUGCUGCCGUAAGCUUCUUCCUUCUUCUGAUGGAUGGGUGGCGUUCCUGGGGGGGUUGACUAUUAGUAAGGUCUCUUUUAUCUUUACUGCCGUUAGCUUCUUCCUUCUUCUGAUGGAUGGGUGACAUUCCUUGGGGGGGUUGACUAUUAAUGAGGUCUCUUUUUUCUUUACUGCCAUUAGCUUCUUCCUUCUUCUGAUGCAUGGGUGACAUUCCUUGAGGGGGUUGACUAUUAAUAAGGUGUCUUUUUUCUUUACUGCUGCUGCAAGCUUCUUCCUUCUUCUAAUGGAUGGGUGGCGUUCCUGGGGGGGUUGACUAUUUAUUAACAAAGUCUCUGCUCAUUUUAUUCGCAGGUGCCACUUCCGGAUCCUAUGA